CCCGCCUCCGCCCUCACGGCGCCCCGCCUCAGGCAGCCUUCCCUCGGCCGCGCGGGGCAGCUCCAGGGCCGGCUCCAUGGCCUUCUCGCAGAACGUGUCGCAGGCACCAGGCGGAGAACUUAGGCCGGACCUCUGCGAGCGUCGGCGGCGCGCGGGGGGCGUAUACAAGCAGCAUCUGAAGAAAAUUUACAGCAGUUCCAAGAGGAGCAUAUUGCUUCCAUAAGAAGUCAGAUGGAACUCAGAAUUAAAGACUUGGGAUCUGAACUCUCCAAGAUGCAAACUUUGGAAGAUUGUAAUAAAGCAGAGUUGGAAAAAUAUAAGCAACACUUCCUAGAGAAACUAAAAGUUAGAAAGUCUUUGGAAAAGAAACUAGACAACGUGCACACAGUGUGAUGGGAAUUCCAUUUACUGUGCGGCAACUUACAAAAUGCAAGUCACUGAGGGAAGCUGGAAUGAAAUCCGUGCUUUCCAUCUUCCCCAGGACUAAUGAGAGGCUGGCAGAGAUGAGCACCAAACUUGAGGUGGAGAAACAGCAGAACAGAUCUUUACUCAGCACUCUUAGCAGCAUGCUAGUCCUGGAGCCGUCUUCUGUUGGAAAUUUCAAUCCUACUUCAGGCUUCAAUGCAAAUCUUAUUUCAAGAGCAAACCUCAGUGCCACACUGUUCAAAUGACAGCUUGACCAAGGUUAACUUCGAGGAAUUUAAGGACGGUUUCAUGGCUGUGUUGUCAUCACAGGCUGGUCUUGCCGCCUCAGAUGAAGACAGUGGUUCUUUGGAGUCAGUUGCCUCCCGGGCUGUGCCCUCAAAGGACAUGAGCAGCUCUAAGUGGUACGGCCGUCGGAGCCAGCCCGAGCCCUGUGGCGCUGCAGGUGGAGCCCCAGGUUUACCAGAGCAGCCGGUCAGACCCAGUGUGAGGAGCCAGCUCUGCCGCUCGGCCUCCCUGGAAAGUGAGGAGAGUCUCAAGUCUGAUGAAGAAGCCGACAGCACGAAGGAGCCUCAGAAUGAAUUCUCUGAAGUCCAAGGGAGCAGGUGGAGCAGAUGGCCAGGGAGCGAGCUAAGGCGAGACAAGACCUGGAGAAAGCUGAGCAGAGGAACCUGGAGUUUGUGAAAGAGACAGACGAUCUCCACUCUGCCCUGGAGCGUCUCACGGAGGAGAAGGUCAGGACUGCCCUCCACUUGGCCUGUGCCAAUGGCCAUUCCGCGGUGGUGGCUCUUCUCCUGAAGAGAAAAUGCAUGCUUAACCUCUGUGACAGUGAAAACAAGACCGCGCUGAUGAAGGCCGUAGAAUGCCAAGAGGAGGACUGCGCGGCCCUCCUGCUGCAGCACGGCGCCGACCCAAAUGUCAUGGACGCCUGUGGCAACACCGCGCUACACUACGCUGUCUUUUGCCAGAAUUUAUCACUCGCAGCAAAGCUGCUUCUCUACAACGCCCAUAUAGAAGCCAGGAACAAGGAUGGCCUCACACCAGUGUUACUUGCUGUACAUGAAAGGAGAGGAGAAAUGGUGGAGUUUUUAGUAGACAAAGAAGCAAGUGUACAUGCGGUUGACAAGAUGAAAAGAACAGCCCUCAUGCUUGCUAUCAAGCAGGAAUCACCAGAAAUAGUCAGACUUCUUCUUCAGCAAGAUGUUGACAUCUUUGCUCAAGAUGUUUUUGGAUGGACUGCAGAAGAAUAUGCUGCUGUUAGUGAUUUUAAUAUCUUUCGCCAACUGAUUUCUGAGUAUAAAGAAAAGAGACCUAAAACUUCUCCUGAAAAGAGCAACCCAGCGGAUGAGUGUUCUGAAGAGGACUCUUCAAGGAGGUUUCCCAACGAACCUGGCAUUGAUUUAGGGCCUACAUCAAACAAUGAAGUCUUAGAUUUUAAAACCAAGCAUGUCGUGAAACCAAAGUUAACAAAGCUCAUGAAGCCUUCUCAGCAGUCCAGCAGAAACAAAGCAAAGUGUGGCAUUUGGAGACCAGAGAGUACCACUUUCUCUGAGGACAGUAAUUCUGAUAGUAACAUUGAAGAUGUGGUUGAAACAUUUCUCAAACCCUGGUUUGAGGGCAUCUGUCAGCCUGCCUUCCCAUCACCUGAGCCUGUUCCAAAAUUUCUCAAGUCUGUAGCAGGCCUUGGUCCUACAAAGCAGAGUGUCUCUGAGAGCCUUCCACAGAAGUAUGUGGGUCAUUUACCUGGAACUGCUGGUCAAAGAGGAAAAAAGACAUUAAAUGGACAAAUAGAAGAGUCUCCUGAGAAAUAUCCUAAUGUGAAGCAGGCCGUCGGAGUGAAAGAUUCUGUUCCUAAUAAAGCAGUCAGAAUGAAGGGUGCACAAACAUCUAAUUCAGACUGGGAUUCGACUAGUUUGAGCCUCAAUAGUGAGACUUGUCAAAGAGCCGGGCAUUUGAAAGUUGAUGAUCGGCGUCCGUUGGUGUCCCAACCGGUGACCAAAAAUCAGUCAGCACCCACAGAACUCGGACAGAAGACCGCAACAGAUAAAGAAAAGAUGAAAAAGGCAGCGAUGUUUCUGGUAGGGAAUUUCAUGCCCCAUCACCCGGGCCAGUCUCCGCUGCCAGAAAACAGAAAAAGCAAACAAGAUUUGUCAGGAGAACUAGACGUGGAAGUGAUAUUGGAGGAAGAACAAGAAAAACUUCCUGGAAAUGAAGAUAACCAUUCACAGGUGGAAGAAGAAAAGAAGCACCAAAGUAGUGAAAUGGAAGUAUCAGACAACGUAUGCGAUGCUGCUGAUGAGAGUCGAUUGAUUCAGCAGAGAAAGAGUGGAGGAAAUAACAAGCAGGAGUUUCCUGCUAUGGAGAAUAAAGGUUCUGAUGGUUUGAGGACUUCUUUCAGCAUUUAUGAGGCGAGACUAGUGGUGAUGAACUCCCUCAGCAAUCCUGGAAAGCCCAGGAAGGAGAUAGAGAAAAAGAACAAUGACAAAUGGACACCAGAAGAAUGUGUAAUUGCACCAGUAUUUGAAAAGACCAAUUCACUGGCUGAUGGUCUGCUGCACGUGAACGAUGACAGCAUUUUAAGGAAAGUGGAUCAAGAUGACAGCAGGCCUGCAAGGAAAACAGCAUAUGAAAAGAAGAAGGUUUCUGAUAGUGGUAGAAAAGCUAAAGGUCUGUUGCGCAAAAGCCACAUGCAGGAUGAUAUUGCCAUGCAGGAGAAAGAAAAGAAAUGUUUUGAGGAUCCUGAAAUUGUAAAAGGAGAGAAUGACUAUCCUCAAAAGGCAAUAAAAUUGAACAAGGAAACGUUGACAAAGACCAUAUUCCGGCAUACUGGCCAGCUUAACGUUCCGGUAGCUGAAAAUACAAUGCUAAACCCUGAGCUGGAGAACGUGAAACGAAGCAAAGAAAGACUGGAAACAGAAGUGGAAUCCUGCCACUCUAGACUGGCUGCUGCCAUACACAAUCAUGAUCAAGGUCAGACAUCACAAAGAAACCUGUCACUUGCCUCCCAGAAAGCAAAAGACAAGACGUUACGCUUGCAGGACCCAAUGAAGUUCGAUAUGGCUAAGCUGAAAAGUGACAAUGAGAUGCUUUCCCAGCGACUUUCUAAAGUGGAAAAUAAAUUCAACAAGCUAAAAAUCAAGCUGCAUCAGACGAGAGAUGAUCUCAGAGAAAAGACUUUGAUGUUAGAACGUGUCCAGAGAGACUUACGCCAAGCAGAGUGUCAAAAGCAGGAUAUUGGACACAUGGAUCAGAACAAACAAGGCAAAGUGAAGGAAUACCUUGGAAAGCAGGAAUCCUUAGAGGAGAGGUUAUCUCAACUCCAGAGUGAAAACAUGUUGCUCCGACAGCAGCUGGAUAAUGCACAAAAUAGAGCCGACAGUAAAGAGAAGACAGUCAUUAGCAUCCAAGACCAGUGUCAGCAGAUCGUGGAAAAUCUUCAUGCUGAACAUGAGAAACAAGGUCUGAUGCUGGAGGAAAGAACCAAGGAUUUAAUCAACACGUGGAAUCAUUUAGAAGAGAUAAUGUGUCAGUAUGAAAAUGAGGAAGCAGAAAGAGAAGCAGCUGUGAGACAACUUCGGCAAGAACUGGCUGAUAGCCUCAAAAAGCAGUCUGCGUUGGAGGCGUCCCUGGAGGUCAUGUCACAUUAUCAUGCCAAGUUAGAAGUUGAGGCACGGGAUUUAAAGAACAACUUACAUCAACUCACAAGUCAGUCUCAAGAAACACAAGAUCAACAUACAGAGGCCGUGAGAUGUGCUGAAAAAACACAGGAUCACAUCCAAAAGCUUGAAAUUGAAAAUGCCGAGUUACAAACUACAGUCAGAAAGCAAGCGGGCGAAAUUGAACAGCUUCAGAAAAACCUCUUAAGAUUGAUUGAUGAUCUUCCAGCAGAGCUGGAAACUGUAUGUUCACCGUGUCUGCACAUGAAUGCAAAAAUUCAAGUUCUUCGAGAGGAGUUAUUAUUCAUGCCAGGAAUGCAAAAGAAAUGUGAAAAAUUAGAGAAGAAUAACAAGAAGCUGGAGCAAAAAAUAGUGAACCUCAAAAGUCAUAUAGAAAUGAAUAUGACAGAACACAGUCAAGUAGAGCAGUAUAAACAGGAGAUUGAAGAAAGAGCGAGACAGGAGCUAGUAGAAAAAUUAAAAGAAGUCGACAUGGUUUUACAGAUACAAGCAGCAUCUCAAGAAAACUUAGAGCAGGAACGAGAGGAGCAUAUUGCUUCCUUAAGAAGUCAGAUGGAACUCAGAAUUAAAGAGUUGGAAUCUGAACUCUUCAAGAUGGAAACUUCUCAAGCAGAUUUGGAAAAAUAUAAGAAACUCUACCUAGAAGAACUAAAAGUUAGAAAGUCGUUGGAAAAGAAGCUAGACAAGACUAACUGGAGGCUGGCAGAGAUGAGCACCGAACUUGAGGUGGAGAAACAGCAGAACAGAUCUUUACUGAGCACUCUCACCACAAGGCCAGUCCUGGAGCCGCCCUUGGAUUGGAAAUUUCAACACUUCAGUAUGACUCUUUCUUCAAAAACAAACAUGCAGCGGGAGUUGGACAGGAGUAUAACUAGAGAGCUAGAAGAAGUUGAUGCUGAAUUUGCAUGUGAUGCCUUUCAAGUGUCUUUUCGAGGAUUUUCAGAUGGGUCAAAUGUGUAUGAUGACCAAUUUUUGAAAGCAAAAGCAGAAUAUCAACAGAUUUUGUUUGAAAAACAUAAGAUUUAGAAAGAUAAAUAGUAAAACUUUCCCUACUGGACUGUUUCCAUGACAUUUCGUUGUUUCCCAUUAAAGAUGAUGAGAAAAUCUUUUUGAAAAGAAAAUAUUUUUGUGUUACAUGUGUAUGAUGAAAAUUUACAUAGUAUUUUAAGUGAUGUUUCUCUGCAUCUAACUUACUUCUAAGCAGAUUUAAAAGCCAGCACUGUUGAGUUUUCCA